AUGAGCAGCCGGCUGAAGUCUAUACUCAAGAACCCGAACCGCGUACGCAAGAAGCCAGCCGCACCCAAGCGGACAAGCAGCGGUAACGGCACCGCCGCCACCAGCAGCAGAUCAUCGCCCUCGUCCUCGUCAUGGAGCGACUCACUCCCGCGGACGAAACCCGGGCCCCCCAGGCCCAGGCCCUCAAAACAGCAGGGCGAUGACGAGGAAGACUUCUUCCACGACAGGCUGGACGACACCGGCCUCGUGCACGCCCUCGCCACAGACCUGACGCUGCGCGACGUGCCCCAGGCGAUGCGCUACUCGCGCGAGCACAUGUUCACCCCGAUGCCGGACCAGCCAUCAUCGUUAGGCCUGAGCUCCUCGCGCGUGGCCGAGGUGCUGAACGCCCGGCGAGCGCUGCCGCCCGUGACGACCGUCGCGCACCUGCAGGCGCUGCUGCGCAGCCCCACGGCCGUGGACCGCGAGGCGGCCGAGCUGGUGCGCGCCGGCGCCGUGCGCAAGGUCGUCGUGCUCCGCCGCGGCCGCGACGGCGGCGUCGGCGAGUACCUGGUCGCCAGUGCGGACCUGGAGCGGCUCGUUGAGUCGUCGGGCGUGCUGGACGAGGAGGCCAAGGGGGCCUUCUGCCGCUGGCUAAGGGACAACCCGGCCAAGCUCAAGGCCUGCGCUGGCGAUGGCGGACUGGAGCCGGGUCAUGUCGACCAGCUUGUGAGGGCGGGAUUCCUGACGACGUCUCAUGACCGCGACGUGGGCAGCGUCACGUCUUUGUUUGCACGGCCGGAAGACCGGGGCACCAACAUCAGUCUUGCCGCCGUGUCGCGCGCCGCUGCCGGGUCCAUGGAGGCGGUGGGGGGCAGCGGUGCUGUUCAUGCAUCGGGGGGCAGCGGUGCCCGUUCUGGGGGCAGUAGUACAUAUCAGGGCAGCCCUGGUGUUGACCUCUCGCUUGCGGUGCCCGGGCAGGGUCCAUACCUGAAGCUCGUGUCCGCGGCAUUAUCGCAGCUGACAGCAAUCCUGACCAAGUCGGCCUAUAGAGAGAUGCCGGAGACGCUGCUGAGGGAGAGGUGGGACGGAGGUGUGGCUAAGCAGGAGUCGAAACAACAUGCGUGUAAGAGGGAAAGGCGGGAAUUUGCUGGGGUGUUGCCAGCGAAGACGAGGAAAUGGCGAGACUUCCAUGGCAUGGCCUUUGACUGGAUACUGCAUGAGGCUGUUGGCGCCGGACUUGUGGAGGUGUUUGAAACGGGAAGCGUGGGUAGAGGGGUUAGGCUGCUGUGA